GCCUGUCUUAGUGUCUUCCUCGCUCUCAUUCACAUAUACAGCCGAGAGCACAUUGACACAUGCCCAAGCACUGACACUUUUUAUAGUGGUGAUAUUUUUUUAUUUUUUGUUAUCAAUAAUAGAUGCUUAGUGUCGUAGGUCCUCUAUUUUUAUAUGCAAGCUUAUUCUUGCACGGAAAACGGAUCCGCAAAAUGUGAUAGGUCCUCCAGUGUAGAAGAGGAUACCGUUAACCAAAGAAAUGUCUGGACAACAUCAAUGAAAAUGUAAAUAAUUAUAUUACACGGAGAGCAUGAAGAUACACCGGAAUUGUCAAUCCUAACGCGCAGCAUGCCGUUAUUUGUCCACAGCAAACCGGGAUAAAUAGUGUUGCAGGCUACGAAGGCAAGGCUGAAAAAGGGAAAAAGAUGAGGAUGCCAUCACCAAGCUCUGUGCGUGGACGUAUGCAUGUGGAAAAACGCAAGCAUGCUUUGCGUAAACCCAGAUGCCUCCACUCCCUCUUGACGAGCGCAUAGUGGUUAUUCAGCGCCCUAAAAACUUGGCCCUACCUGGGUCCUCCCCACAGCCCCACUCCCAUAUAACAGCCCAUAGCAACAAACUUCUCUCCCGCCCUUCUCAUCCCCACCCUCCUCAGUCCUACCCCAAUCCUCCCUCCUCGAACUCACUGUCUUUGGAAUGCAAGCGCAGAUCAUCAUCCCAUCUGCAGAAAACCAAGGUCGACAAGGCCAUUGUCUCAGAGGGUACCAGACACACCCCUAGCCACUGUCACAGCAACGGGACAGUGACUCUUGGCCCUAGUCCACACCAACACACACAUACGAUCGACAUCAAGUUAUCUGUGAACAAAGGAACAAAAGGAGUGGGGCACAGCAACUCUUUAGUUCGCAGUGGGAGUGUGAAGGGGAGCAAAAAAAGGGUUUCGUUGCGCUUGGAUCCAGGAUACGGGGAGAAAAACACUGGAGGAACAUCAGGGAAGCCUGGAGGAGCAGUGCAGCAACUCCAAAACCACCCACAGAACCAGAGACAAGCCUCACCAGGCAGUCACCAUCAGAAUAAUCUGUCUGUGUCCCCGGGAGGAGUCUUAGAGUUUGUCCCAUCUCAGAGACAGCAGUCCAAGUCCAGAAGAGAGAAGGUGCAGAACGUGUCCUCCAAAGUCUGCUCUGCCAGCUUCCCCCCCAGAGGUGCCCGGGAAGUGCCCUACGUGGGUAACAAAGAGAAUUCCAAACUGGGACCUGUCCAUCAAAACCCCAACCCCCACAGCCUGCCCGGCCACCACAACUCUGUCCCUGUGCCCCAUGCCGCUGUUCUAAACUCCCACUACCCUGCCCCCCCUCCCUCCCACCACCCCCGUGCUCCUACCUCGUUUCAGCAACCCCUCAACCAGUCUCGUCCAUCCCGCGGCAGGGACCAUCGUCCUCAGAUCCUCCACGGCCUACCCCUCUCCCCCUGUUCCUCCCGUGGAGGUUUCCCCAGCCCAGACCACACCUGUACCAUCGACUUCUCCCAUCCCUUCAGCUGUGGCUGCUGGAAGCUGGUCCGCUGCAGGGGGGCCAGGGGACGUUCUGCUGGCUGCCAGAGGGGUGGGGGGAGUCCGUCUUCCUCUUUCUCCUGUGGCCACAGCCACGGGGUUGUAGGUGUGAACCACAGAGGGGGCGCAGCAAUGGGAUUAAGAACUCUUGGGGGAUGUUUGUCCACAGCCUCCACCACCAACACCUCAUCCUCCAACAGCACUGUGUCGGACUGCCGCACGGGCUUGCUUAGACCCCUGCGAUGUGCCUCCUGCUCCGGGGAGGCUGGCGCCUUUGAGAGUCCUGCUGCAUUCCGCAAAAAACUGGUGGGGGGAUGCCUGCCCUGUACCCCAUUAUCCUCCUCAGCCCCGCUGCGAGCCUUACAGAGUUGUGUGAGUGGCUGCAACCCCAAAGCCAGUCAGGCCGGCAGCUCUACCUGCAGCUAUUGUAGCAGCGACCCUAUAGUUGUCACCUUCAACCCCCGUCGGGGCGGCAAGCCCCCUGGUAUGGGCAGGGGUGUAGGGGCAGGGCCCCCCAUGGGAGUAUUCCCCACUGAUGAUGAUGAUUACAGCGUGCGCACAAUCUGGCCUGAGGAGCUGGCGAAAAAGAUGACCGGGUCUAAAACCCAACAGAACCAGCAGAGCUGUGCAGGGAUGGGGAUGGGAGUGGGGAAGACAAGUGUGGGUCAGAACCAAAACAGCAGCAACGGAACCAGCCCUGUCACCCUGGACUGUAGGAACCUAUUGGAGUUCACCCGGAAUCAGAUAACAGACCACGCUGGCCGACGCCGGCUUCAGCAGGGCAAGAUGGCCGUCCUAGAUUUUAUUGGGUCUGGGCCUGGGCGAGAUCCAGACCAGGACUCCCUAAAGAGGCUCUGGAACAAAGGUGGGGAGUCAGGCAAGGUGGAUGGCAUGGGGCAGGAAGGCAAUAUUACAUACCCUCGCACCCCUUCCCCCUGCACCCCCUCUCCCCAAUCCCCUCCCUCCUUCUCACCCCCACCGUCAGCUCCCAGCACUCUCCUCAAACCCAAACCCAGACAGAGAGAUGCAGACGGACGCCAUUCCCUCCCCUCCGCCCAGUCCCUUCACCUGGUCCUCAACUCACUCAACAGAGAGCAGGACGAAGAGAGCGGCAGAGUGCACCUCACUCUGCCGCUCUCCUCCUCGCUACCGGCUUCCCUGUCAGAUGAGAAUGGGAUGACCCCUGACGUGGAGAAUGCGGUGGUCAGCCCCAUCCUACCAUUCCUCUUCCUGGGCAACGAGAGGGAUGCCCAGGACCUGGACCUGCUGCUGCGACUCAACAUCGGCUACGUAGUCAACGUCACCACACACCUGCCCCUCUACCACCUCGGCUCCGGCCUGGUACGCUACAAACGGCUACCGGCUACCGACAACAGCAAGCAGAACCUACGACAGUACUUUGAGGAGGUGUUUGAGUUCAUCGAGGAGGCUCACCAGAGUGGGCGAGGAGUGUUGAUUCACUGUCAAGCGGGCGUGUCCCGUUCGGCAACCAUCGUCAUCGCCUACCUGAUGAAGCACACCCUUAUGACCAUGACUGAUGCCUACAAGUAUGUGCGUGGCCGUCGUCCUGUGGUGUCUCCCAACCUCAACUUCAUGGGUCAGCUACUGGAGUUUGAGAGGGACCUCAACUCCGGGGUCACUCCUCGCAUCCUGACCCCCAAACUCAGCGGCCUGGAGACCCAGGUCUGACAGCGGGAUACGGAGGGGAGGGGAGGAGGAAACCAGCAUUGGGCCAGCCAUAGUUUUGUGAAGGAGAAACUAAAGGUAGAGCAACAAAGAGGGGAAUGCUGAUUGACAGAAUGUCCCUAUUGGCAUAGAUUAAGAAUAAAAUAUUGAAAUUGUGCACUUUAUAGAGAUUAUAGAAUAAAUCAUUUGAUUGGUUAACUCAUAAAUAGUCCCAUUUUUGGUCAACCUAAUCCUCAUCCAAUACCAUUUGUAAUUAUGUGGCAAGUUUUUAUAUAAUGCUUAUAUAUCAUUAUUUACCAUGAUCCACUGUAAUCAGAUGGCUCAUGUGAUGCUUGUGGUAUAGAGCAUUAGAGCAUUACAGAAGUUAAGGAAGUGCAAUGAGUCCUGGUCUGACUCAAGGCUGUCAUUUACAAAAUCCAUAAUGCAUGCAGAACCAGAAUAGAAACAACUACAGUGACACCCCACCAUUCAGCUAUGACAGCAAACACUAUCCAUAGCCCCAGAGAGGGCAUUCCAAUGCACUUUAUCAAUUUAUCAAUAUGUUUGGUUGUUUCAAUUGAAGUGGCCCAGAGGAUAGCUGAUCUUACCAUAUUGUUGGUUUAUUUAUAUUCUUCCCCACUGGGUCGGAAAUGUCUAAAUUACAUUUAAAAAUUAAAUAUAUAAAUAUAUAUACAUAUACAUACAGUGGGGCAAAAAAGUAUUUAGUCAGCCACCAAUUGUGCUAGUUCUCCCACUUAAAAAGAUGAGAGAGGCCUGUAAUUUUCAUCAUAGGUACACUUCAACUAUGACAGACAAAAUGAGAAAAAAAAUCCAGAAAAUCACAUUGUAGGAUUUUUAAUGAAUUUAUUUGCAAAUUAUGGUGGAAAAUAAGUAUUUGGUCAAUAACAAAAGUUUAUCUCAAUACUUUGUUAUAUACCCUUUGUUGGCAAUGACAGAGGUCAAACGUUUUCUAUAAGUCUUCACAAGGUUUCCACACACUGUUGCUGGUAUUUUGGCCCAUUCCUCCAUGCAGAUCUCCUCUAGAGCAGUGAUGUUUUGGGGCUGUUGCUAUGCAACACAGACUUUCAACUCCCUCCAAAGAUUUUCUAUGGGGGUUGAUAUCUGGUGACUGGCUAGGCCACUCCAGGACCUUGAAAUGCUUCUUACGAAGCCACUCCUUCGUUGCCCGGGCGGUGUGUUUGGGAUCAUUGUCAAGCUGAAAGACCCAGCCACGUUUCAUCUUCAAUACCCUUGCUGAUGGAAGGAGGUUUUCACUCAAAAUCUCACGAUACAUGGCCUCAUUCAUUCUUUCCUUUACACAGAUCAGUCGUCCUGGUACACGUCUGGCACUGCAGGAUUUGAGUCCCUGGCUGCGUAGUGUGUUGCUGAUGGUAGGCUUUGUUACUUUGGUCCCAGCUCUCUACAGGUCAUUCACUAGGUCCCCCCGUGUGGUUCUGGGAUUUUUGCCCACCGUUUGCUCACUUGUGAUCAUUUUGACCCCACGGGGUGAGAUCUUGCGUGGAGCCCCAGAUCGAGGGAGAUUAUUCAUUGGUCUUGUAUGUCUUCCAUUUCCUAAUAAUUGCUCCCACAGUUGAUUUAUUAUUAUUUCUUCAAACCAAGCUGCUUACCUAUUGCAGAUUCAGUCUUCCCAGCCUGGUGCAGGUCUACAAUUUUGUUUCUGGUGUCCUUUGACAGCUCUUUGGACUUGGCCAUAGUGGAGUUUGGAGUGUGACUGUUUGAAGUUGUGGACAGGUGUUUUUAUUACUGAUAACAAGUUCAAACAGGUGCCAUUAAUACAGAUAACGAGUGGAGGACAGAGGAGCCUAUUAAAGAAGAAGUUACAGGUCUGUGAGAGCCAGAAAUCUUGUUUGUUUGUAGGUGACCAAAUACAUAUUUUCCACCAUAAUUUGCAAAUAAAUUCAUUAAAAUUCCUACAAUGUGAU